GCCAACUCACGGCAGUUCGUUGAUGAGCCACGUUCAAAUAGAGACCGAGUGGCUGUACUCACUCCGAAAUCCUUCAGUUGAGGAAAAUGUCCAAAAUUUUAAUCCCUGUGGCAUUUUUCAUAUUUCAAGUAUCUUUUUCAUUUGUUGUGAGCCAAGAAGUCAAGGAAAACAGAUCAAGCGAAGUAGAAGAGCUGUUUCGCAACAGGAUUGAGGCGCCCAACAAAACAGACAUAUUUGCUAAACUCUUCAUUGGAUACGACAGUAGAGUUAGGCCCAACUACAGAGAGAAACCAGUCCAAGUUUUACUCUAUGCUGUCAUUGACUCUUUUCACGAUAUCAGAGAAGAUCAAAUGGAAUACAAAGUUGAGUUAAUAUUGAAAGAAACCUGGAAGGACCCAAGACUUGCAUAUGGCAAUGCAACGUGGUUUAUCAGAAUUAAGAAUGAAUUGUUGAAGAAAAUGUGGUAUCCUGAUACAAUGAUAGAGAACGCCAGAAAACACGAAGUCGACGAUAAAACAAGGACUGCAUAUCUGUUUGGUGACGGGACGAUAUUUUUCUCGGAGUGGAUCAAGGCAACUUUAACAAGUCAUAUGGACUUUAAGAAAUAUCCAAUGGAUGUUCAGACGUUGAGAAUACAGUUGGCUGCUUGUAUGUAUAAAAAAGGUUUUGUUCAAUAUUGCGUCCAAGAAGUGAUUCUCUUACUUUAA